UUCAUAACUAUUUGAAAUCCAUAUAUAUUUAUUGAAAAACUUCGGAGGCUAUUACAUUAAAAUAUUUUAAAUUGGGAAAUCCAAAAGUAUAGAUAAUUUCAUUAUGAGAUAAUUUCACCACAAUAUCUGAACGCACUUUGCUUUGAACACUACAAACUGUGUUCGGUUUCACCCAUAUAGUGUUUGCUCUUGAAAACCACCAUAGCAGUUAUUAUUAAUUUUUUAGCUUUGUAUCUGUAUUACUUAUAUGUAUUUAUUGCUGUUUAGUUCGGGUUAUUAUUCUUCUGUCAAUGUUCCAUAUACACAUUCUACUUCAAAAGAAAUUGCCAAUAAUAUGUUCAAAUCUUUGGGCAAUAAGACAUAUUUUGAUUUGAUUUUUUGAAGAAAUUUCAAAUCAUUUAUUACCAAAAUGAUAUAGUAUCGACCUGGAUCCUUACUCCUUGGUAUUUGUUGAGUUUCAAGUUCUGAUUCGAAACCAAUUUAUUCCUGGUUUUUUCCUGAUUUCAGUUACAAUUCUAAUAGGUUACAUGUCCUGUCAACCGAUAACCGUUGUAUAUUCUGUGCUAUAAAAAUUUGCAACUGUAUGCUGAACUAAGCUGAGAGAAGGAACAAAACAUUUUGACAUCAAUCGUUCAACCCGUUAUUUGAGUUUUCUGUUGAUCUCAUAGAUGGCAUCUUCUUAAUGGGAGAUGCCAUUAACUUUUUUUACUUAGGCUUGUCCUUUAAGGGCAGGUGAGUCCAGCAAUGCAUUUAUGAAGAAAUGAAGAAAUCGGUAGACAGGAAUAGAUAGACUAUAUACUGGGAGCCAGGACACUCAGGCAUCGCAGACAAAGAAAAAACUGAUGAGUGUGCCAGACACAUAUGAUCAACCUUAUAUAUAGGCACUGAACCAGCGGUGGGGUUACUUAGGUGUGGUACAGAAACAUAUUGUAAAGCGGAUCUAUAAGAACCAGAGUAUUGGAAAAACAUACCUAGGAACAUGCCCAGAAAAACCUUUAUAAAGGGACCAUGAGAGAAGACAAAUGAAGAACAGCUUCGACAAAGCAAGGAUCGGUUUUAGAAAUUACAGGACUACUCACUGCACACUGUUCAUUGAAAGGAUACCUGAACAAAAUAGGACUACAAAACGGUGAUCUGAGCUGCAGGCAAUGCAACAAUGGGACAGAGACAUACUUUAUGUGAAUAUAAGAAAUCUGUUUAUAAUGGAUGAAUCGAGAAAUAGUUUUCGAAGUAUCCAAGAGGUCCCACUGCCAUUCAGAAUAAUUUUUUCGGAGUACCCAUGUUUCAACAUUGUUCAAUCCAAAGUUUUCAAUGAUGUGUUACAUUCUGACCAAUCUUUAGUUAUUUCAUCUCCCACUGGAUCUGGAAAAACUGCCAUUUUUGAAUUAGCCAUUGUGAAGUUGCUCAUCCAGUUUGAAAACCAGAAUGAUGGAGAAAAACUUUUUAAAAUCGUUUACAUAUCUCCUAUAAAAUCUUUGUGCCAAGAACGUUUGGUUGACUGGCAAAAAAAAUUCUCACGAUUUGGUUUAAAAACGAUUUCGGUUACUGGAGACUCGGAUGCGAUUGACUUUCACGAUCUUGCUAGUUACAAUUUGAUUCUGUCAACACCUGAAAAAUGGGACAGCCUCACUAGAAGAUGGAGAGAUAAUGAAAAACUUGUUGAAGUAAUCAAAUUAUUCCUGAUAGAUGAAGUGCAUUUGUUGAAUGAAGAGAAUAGAGGAUCAACAUUAGAAGUUAUAGUGAGUAGAAUGAAAACGAUAGAAAAUUCUCUGUUAGUAGGUAAUAGUGGAGGGCACCAGAGGAUUCGAUUUUUAGCACUUUCAGCUACAAUUCCUAAUGUUAUGGACAUUGCAGAGUGGGUGGGUAAACCACCGAAUGUGAAAUUUUUCCAAUUUUCAGAAGAUGUUCGUCCAGUUAAACUGAAAAAAAUUGUUCUUGGUUAUAAAUACGACUCUAAAACAAUGACUCCAUUCAAGUUUGACUUAUCAUUGACUUAUAAACUGCAGUUUCUAAUGAUACAGCAUUCGGAGGGUAAACCAACUUUGAUAUUCUGUAGUACCAGAAAGAGUGUGGAAAUGACUGCUAAAUAUUUGAUUCAAUCACUUAAUAUAUCUCUCAACCCGGCUCAGUUACAGAGAUUAUGUGAUAUUGCCAAUAUGAUCAGUGACGUAAAAGUGAGGGAGACUGUCAAACAUGGGAUUGGAUAUCAUCAUGCGGGUUUGAUUCCCGAAACGAGACAUGCUAUAGAAGAAGCUUUUCGUAGAGGAGAGUUGCCAGUUUUAGUGACAACUAGUACCCUGGCAAUGGGUGUCAAUCUACCUGCUCAUUUAGUUAUCAUAAAAUCAACAAAGUGCUAUGAUAAUUGUGGUUUUCGGGACUAUACAGAAGUUGCAAUUCAACAAAUGAUUGGUAGAGCAGGUCGGCCGCAAUUUGAUACCAGCGCUACCGUUUUGAUUUUAACUACCAAUGAGGACAAAGGUAUAUAG